AUGGAAUUAUUUAAAUCUUUCUCUUUGGCAAUACUUGUCGGUUUUAUUAGUGGUGGGCUGUUCAUAUUGGAGCGAAAGUUAAGUUUCCUGAUUGUUAUUUAUGAAAAAAGCACAGAGGCACACGAACGUUCAAUGACCGAAGCAGAAAAACUCACAGCGGCAUACAAUCAACACGUGACCAGAAGUAACCAGCAAAAUCAUGAGUGUCCACCAGGAUGGAAAAAACAUAUGAAACGUUGCUACUUCUUCAGUCGUCAGACAGGCUCGUGGGCAGAGGCUGGGAGCUACUGCCGGAAUUUCAACGCAAAACUUGCGGAACCUAAGGACGAAGCCGAAUUUGUUUUCAUUCGUAACACGAUUAAAAGCAGAAUUCGAGUCAAUAAUGAAUACUAUUUAGGAGGGACUGACAUCUGUUAUGAGGGAGAGUGGAUUUGGGCCAGCACCAUGGAACCCAUCACUAAUGCACAUUGGUCUCCCGGAGAACCAAAUAACUACUUUUUAAAAGAGAAUUGUAUGACGGUUUUACUAAACGGCCUCUGGAAUGAUAUAUCAUGUGAAACAUCACUUCCAUUUGUGUGUGAAAUUGCGUAA